GUGCUGGGGGCACACCAAACACUUGUGCUGCGGGACACAUGGUGAUGAUGCCACAGCUGAACCCCGAGGUCUGUAGCCACCCGUACUGAGCUGUCACAGGCAGCAUCUUCUGGCUCCCGCCUCAUCCCCAAAGGGCUGAACUGGUGGGGUCCAUGGUGCCCCACUGUGUGCCAUGCCACAGCAGCAUAUCAGUGAGUGAGACACAGCACGGGGCAGCCAGGCAAGGUGCUGGGCUGCUGUGGUGCUGCUGGGCUGGGAUCAGCAGGAUGAUGACUCGGAAUGGUUGGGCAGUGCCCCUGCACCACCAGGCACCCUGGCACCCGUGGCUGGAGCCCUCCUGCCAUGGCGAACCUGAAAGGAGCCCUUUAAGUGGCAAUAACAGCUUCUCCCACUGCCCACAGAUGUUUGGGUUCCUGCCAAUGAUAUCGGCCCACCCUUCCCUCCUUCCCUCCUUCCCGCCCGCCCUCCUCCGGACUGGGACCAGCAGAGCCAGCAGUGCUGCCGUGGGAGCCUCUCUGUUUUCCCAGCACCGCCGCUGUCCCGCAUGCCCAGCCGGGCAACCACUGGGCCAGGACGACCUCGCCACCAGACCGGGUCAGUGAAGGAGUCAGGCAGCCGGGAGAGCCCUCCGGGGACUCAGCGAUGCUGGGGCUGCACCGCAGCCGCUUCGGGACCGGUGAGCAGGGUGGGGGAAAGCCCCAUGGGGCUUUAUCUGCUUGAGGGGCCGGGCCAGCAUGGAGCCAGCCAGCGCCCUUCCCAACAUCUCCAGUAACAGCAGCGGCGCCAGCAGCGCCCCACACUCACCAGCAGCCACAGGACUCAUCUUGCUGGCCGCCCUGUCCGUCCUGCUGGCCACGCUGGUGGGCAACGCUCUGGUGGUGGUGGCCAUCUCCACUAGCCGGGCUCUUCAAGCCCCACAGAACCUCUUCCUUGUGUCCCUGGCCUCGGCAGACAUCCUGGUGGCCAUCCUCGUCCUGCCUUUCUCGCUGGCCAAUGAGGUGAUGGGCUACUGGUACUUUGGUGGGCUGUGGUGCAGCCUGUACCUGGCGCUGGACGUGCUGCUCUGCACCGCGUCCAUCGGGCACCUCUGUGCCAUCAGCCUCGACCGCUACUGGGCCGUCACACGGGCGGCACGGCUCAACCUGCGCCGCAGCCCUCGGCGGGUGAAGGCCAUGAUCGGGGCGGUGUGGGUGGCAGCGGCCCUGGUGGCACUGCCACCACUCCUGCGGCCACGGCCGGGUGGGAGGGAGUGCCAGCUGAGCCAGGAGACCUGGUAUGUGCUGGCCUCCUGCGCUGCCUCCUUCUUCGUCCCCUGCCUCGUCAUGGUUGCCGUCUACUGCCGCAUCUACCGCCUGACUGCCCGGCGGGCGGCCGCCCUGCUCGCUGCCCGCUCCCCGCGCCCCUCCAGCGGUGAUGGAAAGGUGUCGGGAGUUGGGAUGCCAGGAUGGAGGCGUCGGAGCCAGCACCAGAGCGUGUUGCUGUGCCGCCGCCGGCUGGUGCGGGCGAGGGAGCGGCGCUUCACCGUCGUGCUGGCUGUGGUGAUGGGGGCCUUUGUGCUGUGUUGGUUCCCCUUCUUCUUCACCUACAGCCUGGGGGCUCUCUGUGGAAAGGGCUGCCACGUGUCCAAGCCCCUUUUCAACUUCUUCUUUUGGAUCGGCUACUGCAACAGCAGCGUCAACCCCCUCAUCUACACCCUCUUCAACCGGGACUUCCGUGCUGCCUUCCGCCGGCUCCUCGCCAUCCCCCGCCGGCACUGCACUUAGGGACCUGUUGGGACACCCCCCAACCCUGCUCAGUGCUCACAGCAUCUGGCCCUACCACAGAGCUUGGAUGGCAGUGCCAGUGUGCAGCUUGAGGUGCUUCUGGAAAUGCAGGACUGAAUAAAACAAGACCAAAGCCUGUGCCUGGUGCUGGCAUCUGCCUCCAGGGAGCCCAAAAAGCAGCACCAGCUGCCAGCACCUUUUGUCACCUGCAUCACCCCACAUGUAUGUCUUACAGCAGUGAUGGUGACAACUUGCUGUGGCAGCUCCAGUGAGUACCAGCCCUCCCCACUCUCAGAUGAAUGUCUGCACUCUCUUGUGCAGGGGAUGGACCCCACAGCUGCUGCAAGGAGACAAAACCCUCCACGUGGCAGCGUCACCAGCACUGGGCUGAGCUGGCUGUGCCACCACAGCAGCCCAGUCUGAGCCCUGUGCCUCUCUGCCGGGGCUGUCCCCUCUGGGAACAUGCCAGCUGUGCUAUGUCACGGGGGCUUUGUGAGGGCACACACGUAGCCACGGUGGGGAAUGAGGGUCGCAGGUCUGGUGUGGACACCCCACAUCCUGCUCGGGGGCUGGACUGGGAUCUUGCUGCAGGAGGGAAAGGAGGAAUGAUAUCUCAGUGCCGGAAAGGCUGUUCUCCCUUGGGAGAGUGUCAGAGAUGGGAUCGCAUGGGAACAGGCUCCGGCACAGCCUGACGUGCAAGAGGCCACAGAGGCAGCUGUGGGGCGAAGACCUGGGGGCAACCGCAUCCCCCUUGGGGGGCAGAAGCUGCCCCACACCCACCCUGCCUGGCUGCCUGCAUCACUCUGCACAGACACCCGGGGGUCAGGGGCUGCUCCACUUCUUCAGCUUUGCUGCUCAAAAUAGAAAAUCUCAAAACAUUGGACUUUCUUCUGGGCUAAAAACAGCCGCUGGCGCCUGGGAGCUGGAGCCCAAGGAACACUGGCCCCUGCCAGCCCCCCCAGCCCCUGUCGGGGUGGGUGCAGCUCAGCUGGGGUCUGGGGGGGCUGGAUGCGAUGGGAUGCUGGAUGGGACGUGGGUACUUGCAGCAGUGAGGGUCCCCAGGAGGGAUCACAGGUGAGGAUCACAGUGCCUGCUGGCCCCAUGUGGGGAGGCUCAUGGUGUGAGCUUUGGAGUCAGCAGAGGUUCCCAGUGGAAUUGGCUUGGGAUGGGUCCCAGUGCUGACUCCUGGAGGCGUCUGGCCCCAGUGGUUGGAGCUGCACAGGCAUUGCCUGCGGAAGGAGCUGCCCUAUCGUUGCUGCCCAGCUUCCCCUCCUGCCACUGCCAUUCUCUUUCUCACAACUAAACAACAUUUUGCCUCUAAAAAUACCCAGAUGAGGGCAAGUGGUGGGGACCUGGCCAGGCCAGCUCUCCCAGGGGGCACCAGCCCUGUGGCAGCAUUCCAAGCCCCCAGCCAGAGUACCAGGCACUGUCCAUUCUUCUGGCAUGAACACACAGCUCUGGGAUGCUGCAGGGCAGGAGGGGACAGGAACCAGCUGGAGGGGCCACACAGGGUCCCCCCUGCUUGGGCAAGACCACACCAACAUAUUGGGGCAAAAUCCAAGUCAGCAAAGGGAGAUUCAGGCUGAUGUCUGAAACAUCCAAUCCUGAGCGCUGGAUGAGGUGUUGGGAGCACCUGGUCCCCCUCUUCACCCAAUGGGAGUGAUUGGAAGAGCUCCCUCACUGAGCAUCUCCCACUGCAUCCCCAUCCUGAACUUCAGCCUAUUGAGAGCAUAUGUGUUGAGCAGGUCACUCCAUAUCCCUGCAGCAGCCAUUUCUGUUCCAAGUUUGUACAAAGUCCGUUUCUCUGUUUCAUCUGCCACAGCAUGACCUUUACUUCUGCUGUGUUCAUGAGCCACUGUGACUCCAGUGCCACUGGGAAAGUGGCUCCCCUUGAGGUGCUGAUUUUUGCUGCCCAGUUGCAGCACCUGUGCCUGGAAUUGCAUUCUGCAUUUUCAGGCUUUUUCUUCAGUUUCCUAAAAUUGUUUUGAAUUACUCUCCCAACAAGCUUGGGUUCAGGGCCCUCUCCCUUUCCAGCCAUCCCCUCCACAGAGCUAAAAAGCAGAGUGGCAGCUCCACCACCUGAGCUGCUGCUGGAUCUGUUGGGGACAUCAGGAUCCUAUGGACACUGGUGCUGCUCCAGCAGCCUCCUGUUGUCCAUGACUCUUGUCAGUGAUGGGAACGGUACUGAAAAAUCCCAGGUGGGAAGAAACAGAAAAUAGCAACCCAAGGGUUAAUGCUGGAAAUGGAUGGAAACAGUCAUCUCAUUUUAAGUUCAAAAUAAACAUGUGCCAGCUUUGGAAGGAAAGCAGCUCUAAAAGAGGAGCUCUCACAGCAUGAGCUCAUCCCUCCAGGCAGAGUGACAGAGAGAUUACCCCCAAGGUGUGGCGGGGCAAAGCAUCCUCCUCCUUCU